CGUCAGGCGUCCCGUGGAGCUUUAGUAUCGCACACCUAUAAAAUAGCUGGCACCACAGGUGCGUACGCUCAUUUGUCUUCAGCGCACGCAACAUGUGGCAACAACUGGGACUGCUAGUAUUGCUCGGCUUGGCAGCCGUUGACAAUUUCGCGACCGCAGAGCGCGUACGCUACGACAACUAUCACGUCUACGAACUACAACCGCAGAACGCAGCACAAUUGGCUGUCGUUAAAGAACUCGAUGGUUCCAGUGAUACAUUGCUCUUUCUGGACGCAGUACACUAUUUAAAUAAAAAAAUCAAUGUGCUGGUGGCGCCGCAACGUGUAGCUGAUCUACUGCGUGUACUGCAAAGUGCUGAUGUACCAUAUCAACUGGUUGAAGAGAACGCUCAGAAGAGCUUGGAUGUGGAGGAGGAACUUGUGGCUGAUCCCAAUCGACGUAGCGGUGAUUACACUUGGCGGGAGUACCAUGAAUUGGACGACACAUAUGCGUGGUUGCGUAUGCUAACGGAAAAGUAUCCCGAGCAAGUGAGUCUAUUUGUAGCGGGCAAGUCGUAUGAAGGACGUGAAAUACUGGGCUUAAAGAUAUCCUACAGUAGCAGUCGCGCUGAAGAAGCAGCUCGUGCCACGAAACCCGGUAUUUUCAUCGAAGGCGGCAUGCAUGCACGCGAAUGGAUCAGUCCGGCCACUACCACCUACAUCAUUAAUCAAUUACUGACGAGCACCAACGCGGAUGUGCGCAAAGUGGCCGAGAGCUACGUGUGGUAUGUGGUGCCGCACAGUAAUCCAGAUGGUUAUGUGUAUACGCAUACCACAAAUCGGUUGUGGCGUAAAACACGCACACCAUAUGGCAACUGCUUCGGCGCAGAUCCAAAUCGUAAUUGGGAUUUCCAUUGGAAUGAGGUGGGCUCGAGCAAUAAUCCGUGUUCCGAUACUUAUGCCGGUCCUAAGGCAUUCUCGGAGGUCGAAACACGUACUCUAGCCGAUUAUAUUAGCACAUUGAAACGACAAUUGUUUUUGUAUUUGUCAUUCCAUUCGUAUUCACAACUUUUACUCUUCCCUUAUGGACAUACUGGCGAGUUGCCAUCGAACUAUAAGGACUUGAAACGUGUUUUUGAUGUGGCCAUUUCCGCAGUUUCGAAUCGCUAUGGCACCAGAUACACCGGCGGUAAUGUUUAUGAUGCUAUCUAUCCGGCUGCAGGCGCUAGCUUAGAUUGGGCUUAUGGCAAAAUGGGAGUACCCUACUCAUAUUGCUUUGAACUACGUCCUUCGGGUUCUGGGUUUUGGUCUGGUUUUCGUCUACCAGCUGAUCAAAUUAUACCUACUAGUGAGGAGAUAAUGGAUUCUAUGUUGGCGAUGAUCAAGGAAAUUGGUACCUCAACAAAAAUGUAGAGGUGAUUCGAAAUAUUAAGAAAUACAAAUAUUUAAAGUUUUUUUUUUUGUUUUUAACAGUUAAAUUAAAUAAAAGUUAAUCAUCUUACAAUGAUA